UUCAAAUAAUCCUGGAUCCGCCCCUGUACUAGCUACGAAGUUUCACGUCUUUCACCUGUGUCACGCUAGCACACAGUGCUGAUAUCACAGUGAUGUCAUCACAUAUGGUUCAUAUUAUCAGAGAUCGAAAGUAGUACUAGAAGUGAUAACGCAAGCAAGCCCUUACGUGCUACGGGGUCGCUGGGAAUUCGAAAAAUAUUCCGUGGAAGUCAAAUUUACAAGAGCAAAUAAAAGGUGACCUUUUCCGACGUCGACAAGAUGGAACAUUGGAACUGGAUGAGAAAACAAUUUGUGAUCACAGUUAUAAUACUACAGUGCGUGUGUCACGGGUAUGUUGAUGAUGAUGUUUAUUUGGAGCUGGAGAUGGAAAAUAAUGCGACAGAUCUAGACUCGUACUGCACUUCGCCUCGUGACAAAACUUUACCGGACCCUGACUGGGGAAACUGCACCCCAAAACCCGAGGACUAUCUUCGUUGUGUAUACUAUAGAACCAAUGCCUCGGCUACGUCUGCCGUCAUUCGCAAACACUACCUAAAUAGGACCGAUGCUGCAGCGUCAGACUAUGUGCUUCUCGUUGGUCGGCCGCUCAUUUAUUGUAUUGGACUGGUUUGCAAUAUUCUGUCCAUUUGUGUUUUCUCCCAAAAAGAGCUCCGCCAAGUUGCGACCUGUCAGUUCAUGAUUGCAAUAGCAGUGUUUGACAUUAUAACUAUUAUGAACGGAUUUUUUAUUGGACUGAAUACGAGCUCCUCGUACCAGUUAUGACUUCACAUGUGGCUCUGUGUAAAAUCUCCGUUUUUACAAUUUACUGUGCACCAGAAAUAAGUGCGAUCACGCUGACCGUCAUGAGCGCCGAGAGACUUAUGAGAAAGUUGAACACUCCCGCUCACGAAAGAUGGUUCUCUAUAAGAAGAACCCGUUUGUACAUCGUGGCUAUUGUUUUGACUAUGGUGCUCCUUAACAUCUACAUCUUUGUCUCCGACAUUUAUUUUGAGGAAUGUUGUGAGAGGAUUUGUUGGAAUAUAUAUCAUGAUGGAACUCACGUACUGGACCUUCAUGAGAAAAACUGCAGAGAACACAUAGAAAAUGACUGUGGUCAUACGGGUGCGCUUGCCUUCUUCAAGGUCUACAGAUGGGUGGCUCUUUCAAUAUACUGGAUCUUGCCAUUUGUUGGGUUGCCUGUCAUCAACGGAUGGUUAUUGUACGAAUUAUGGAAGGAGCGCCAACGACGUAACAAUCAAGAAUGCAGGCCGAUCAUUCCCAUGCCAGACCUACCUGUUCAUGGCUCGGAAUACGAAGAGAGAGAUAAAGAAAUUACGAAAAUGUUAAUACUCGUGACUCUUUCGUAUUGGGUUAUGACAACAGGGUUUAACUUCAUGCAGGCGGGAAUAAUUGACGUGUACCACGCCUGCACCCCCGAUGAACUGGUUAGAAAUUCUACCAUCUAUUCGAUUUUUAUGCUUCUCUUUUACUUGAAUCAUGCGUCGAAUUUUUUUCUGUACUGCAUCAGUGCUAAACCGUACCGCGACGAAGUAAAAUGUAUGUUUGCGCGCGUAUACAGAGCUUUGUGUAAGAAAGCGUCAUACAUCAGAGUACGUUAUUCGAAAAACAAAAAUGAGGAGACAGACCCACAUUUAUGAACCUCACAGAACGAUUGGACAAGUUGACCAACUAAAAAGGGUUUAAUAUAGGACCGCUAAACUUGUCGGCAAAUCCUGUAUUUUAUCAGCAUUUCAGCUUAAAAAGAUUCACAAUUUGUACUUGUAUUGGGUACGUUUAGUCGUAAGUGGUACAUAAUUAAUAUACAUUAAUUUGCAUAUAAUAAAAUAAUAUAGAGUACAAAUGUAAACUUACUAUGCCCCUACGCACAACACCAUCCAAUGACGUAUUGUAGUGGAUAAAUUUUACAUAUCUGGCAUUUCAAUAUUAUCUUACACCUAUCAAGUAGUAGUCCUGUAAACAUGGCACAUUUUAGUUAUUUGAUGCUCACCAAUCACACAACUAGUUUCACUUUGGCAUAGAAAACUAGUAUGCUUUAAUUUUAAACAACUGUAACCAAUAUGCAAUCAUAUACGACAGUGAAAAUGCAUCAUAAAUUGCCCUCUCUUACGAAGACAAUAUGUUUGUUCUAAAAAGUUUAUUUGUCAGUUUAACAUUAUAUAAAAAAUUAGUAAUACUUAACAUUUAUGAAUUUCAGGAAAUACUGCUAACAAGAUCUUUAUUUGUAGUUAUAAAUAAAUUUUUACUAUAAUUUCCUUAUUGUAUUAGAGAACCAAGGAAGUUAUUUGCUAAUGUGGCAUUUAGCUUUGUAAAAGUUGGCAAAACUUUUGAAAUAGUCUCAAAGGAAAAUAUGCGCUUGGUUAGGUAGAUUUAAGGUAUGUUAAUUUAUAUUGGAAAUCUUUUUUCAAUAUUGUAAUUUUGUUGUAGAGUGCAAAUUCGUUUUUCUUCAAUUAUUAAAAAUGUUUAUUUAUAUUAUUCAAUAUUCUUAGUAUCUAUCAAUUUACUUGGAUAAAAAUGGAAUGUGUACCUAUACAUACUAUUACACUGAAACAACCUGCACGAAAAUGCAGUAGUAUCGAAGUAGCAAAGAAGCAUUAAUGCAGUAGUUGUGUGGAGCAUAUUUUCAGUAG